CAGACACGCACACGCCCGCGCCCCUGGGCGUGGGGAAACGGCCGUGUGUGCGCGCGCGCGCCCGCCCUCCCUCUCUCUUUUCCCUCCCCUCCCCUCCCUCUCGCGUGUCCCCUCCGGCGGUCCGUUCCCGUUCCCCAGUAACGCGCCCUCGCUCUUCUCCUCUCUCUUCACCCACAACAGAGAUGCCCUCGGCUACCAACAGCACUAUGGCGAGCAGCAGCAGCGGAAAAGCGGGCCCGGGCAGUGAAGCUGCUCCAGCAGCGGCGGCCGCACCGCAGGCAACGGGCGGCAGCAUCACCUCGGUGCAAACCGAGGCCAUGAAGCAGAUCCUGGGAGUCAUCGACAAAAAGCUGCGCAACCUGGAGAAGAAAAAGAGCAAACUUGAUGAUUACCAGGAACGAAUGAACAAGGGAGAACGUCUGAAUCAAGAUCAACUGGAUGCAGUGUCAAAAUAUCAGGAAGUGACAAAUAAUCUGGAAUUUGCUAAAGAACUGCAGAGGAGUUUUAUGGCUCUGAGCCAAGAUAUCCAGAAAACAAUAAAAAAGACAGCUCGCAGGGAGCAACUGAUGCGAGAAGAAGCUGAGCAGAAGCGUUUAAAAACUGUGCUAGAACUACAGUUUAUUUUGGACAAGUUGGGUGAUGAUGAAGUGCGCAGUGACUUGAAACAGGGGUCAAAUGGAGUGCCAGUACUGACAGAGGAAGAACUGACAAUGCUGGAUGAGUUUUACAAGCUAGUUUACCCUGAACGAGACAUGAAUGUGAGGUUGAAUGAGCAGUAUGAGCAAGCAUCUGUUCACCUGUGGGACUUACUGGAAGGGAAAGAAAAACAAGUUUGUGGAACAACCUAUAAAGCACUAAAGGAGAUUGUUGAACGUAUUCUUCAAACAAGUUACUUUGAUAGCACCCAUAACCACCAGAAUGGAUUAUGUGAGGAAGAGGAGGCAGCACCUGCACCUGCAGUAGAGGACACUGUAGCAGAAGCUGAACCUGAUCCAGCAGAAGAAUUUACUGAACCAACUGAAGUUGAAUCAACUGAGUAUGUAAACAGACAAUUCAUGGCAGAGACUCAGUUCAGCAGUAGUGAGAAGGAACAGGUAGAUGAGUGGACAGUUGAAACGGUUGAGGUUGUAAAUUCACUGCAGCAACAGACACAAGCUACAUCCCCUCCAGUUCCUGAACCUCACACACUCACUACUGUGGCUCAAGCAGAUCCUCUUGUUAGAAGACAGCGAGUACAGGACCUCAUGGCACAGAUGCAGGGCCCCUAUAACUUCAUGCAGGACUCUAUGCUGGAAUUUGAGAACCAAACACUUGAUCCUGCCAUUGUAUCUGCACAGCCCAUGAAUCCAGCACAGAAUUUGGACAUGCCACAAAUGGUUUGCCCUCCAGUUCAUGCUGAGUCAAGACUUGCCCAGCCAAAUCAAGUUCCUGUGCAACCAGAAGCUACACAGGUUCCUUUGGUUUCUUCUACAAGUGAGGGAUAUACAGCCUCCCAACCCAUGUAUCAGCCUACUCACACAACAGAGCAACGGCCACAGAAAGAAUCAAUUGACCAGAUUCAGGCUUCGAUGUCACUGAAUGCAGACCAGACCCCAUCAUCAUCAUCACUUCCCACUGCAUCCCAGCCACAAGUUUUCCAGGCUGGAUCAAGCAAACCUUUGCAUAGCAGCGGAAUCAACGUUAAUGCAGCUCCAUUCCAAUCCAUGCAAACAGUAUUCAACAUGAAUGCACCUGUUCCUCCUGUUAAUGAGCCAGAAACCCUUAAGCAGCAAAAUCAGUACCAGGCCAGUUACAACCAGAGUUUCUCCAGUCAGCCUCACCAAGUAGAACAAUCAGAUCUUCAGCAAGAACAACUCCAGACAGUGGUUGGUACUUACCAUGGUUCCCCGGACCAGAGUCACCAAGUGGCAGGUAACCACCAGCAGCCUCCCCAGCAGAACACUGGAUUCCCACGGAACAGUCAGCCUUACUAUAACAGCCGAGGAGUGUCCCGUGGGGGAUCUCGUGGGGCUCGUGGCUUAAUGAACGGUUACAGGGGACCAGCAAAUGGAUUCAGAGGAGGAUAUGAUGGCUACCGUCCUUCCUUUUCCAACACUCCAAACAGUGGUUACACACAGCCCCAGUUUAAUGCUCCUCGGGAUUACUCAAACUACCAGCGGGAUGGAUACCAACAGAAUUUCAAGCGUGGCUCUGGACAAAGUGGACCUCGGGGAGCUCCUAGAGGUCGUGGAGGGCCCCCAAGACCAAACAGAGGGAUGCCUCAAAUGAAUGCUCAGCAAGUGAAUUAAAUAAAUUCACAGGAUUAUGUUAAACGCCAAAAACACACUGGCCAGUGUACUAUACAUGUUACCAGAAGAGUUAUUAUCUAUUUGUUCUCCCUUGCAGGAAGUUUGUUGUAAAGGGACUAUUUUCAUUACCCAUAAUGACAGGACUACAGUUGCCAGCUUUAUAUUACCUGGAUAUGGAAAAGAACGAAACAACGUUUACUCUGCAUGUUCUGUCCUAAGCAUCAUCUUGAGCCUUGCACAUGAGAUUCAGAUUCCUCACCCUUGCUAAGAGUAAAGCAACAAAGGCAAUUUUCAGGGUGAUCCAAUCUCCACUGAAGUGGCAGGAAAAAGCAAAGACUCACUUCUGACAUUUAAAAGCAAUGUAACAAAAUUGGAUAAAACCUGCAAAUACGUAAAGAUUUACUGUGGUGGCAGUUGGCAAAACUUAAAAAGUUUCCAUGAAAGGAUGGGAAAAGUGAAGUGUGGCUUGGUAGAGCAACUGCAUUUCAACUUUUUCCUGUUAAAUUGAAGCACUGAACAGUUAAAGAUGCAUAGUAAUGCAUAUUUCCCUAAAUAACAAAUAGGCUUUUAGCCAGUUUUUGACAAAAGAAGCAGCACCCUUAGCUACAGCACUCAUCACCAGGGCCCUGUUUACUGUGGCUAAGGAUUUAAGAUUGCUUGCAUAACUGCUAGUGUAAUGAUGUAAUUUUAAAAAAAAAAAAAAAAAAGAAAAAAAGAAAAGAAAAAAAAAAAGGAAAAAAUAAAAAAAAAGCUUUGAUUUGGCACAUCAAAAUUUUGCAACAUAUGUGAGAUAUAACCUGGAUGGCCACUGUAUAUUUGAUGUGAAGUAUUUAGAUAUCUCUUUGAAACACUUUAAAGUUUCUUUGAUAGCAAUGACUUUUGUAAGGAUUGGUAUUCUCUAUCAUUCCUUAUGACUUGGACAUUGUCUGUCACUAAUACUUGACCUUGCUGUAUUAUCACCUAAAUAACUGAUGCCGGUACUGAUGGAAAUCUCUAAUGGAUAAUCAUAACACUUUUGGUCACAUGUCUUUUUGUCUUUCCUGCAGCCUUGAAGGUUUUAAGAAAUCUCAAAUGCCCGCUGCUGCUGCCCUUUUAAUUGCUAUCUUUUGAAAAGCACCAAUAUGUGUUUGAAUUGAUUUCCCCUUUUAAGGGAAAUGACAGCCAGCAGUUACAGUUCUAAUGGUAUAAGCAAGACAAAUAAAACAUGUUUAUAAAAAUGGUAUCCUGGAACACUGGUUUUCAACGACUGAAACAAGUUUAAAUGUAGUGGGGUGAAUUUCAGAAGGUUGGUUGGUUGGGGUUUUUUUGUCCCCUGAUUCUUUUUUUUUUCCCUGAAUAGAUGUAAACCCUCUUCCUGUUUUUCUUAUUUUAUUCUAAUAGCUGUGACUUCUGGGCAACUUUUCUCUUAUGGACUUUUCUUUUCAUCAAGGCAGCAAUGUAUAAACAUAAUACCAUAAGACUAGGAGCUGGAAAAUACCAAGUCUUAUUCAAGCUUUACUGCAUACUUGUGGUGUAUAAUCUUUGGAAAAUCACUUGUGCCUACCUUUUGUGCACAUGCACUCUCUCUGCAGUGGGGAGAAUAUUUGGAUAGCUGCCUCCAUAGAGGUGUUGGGAGUUCUGUUGCAUUCUAUAGCACGUGCAAGAAGAAAAGUGCUAUAUAUAUGUUAAGUAUUGGUCAUCUAAUAAUGUCUACCUGUGGGAAAGUGAAAUUUAAGGAACAGUUGUUGAACUGUUCUGUACAAAACUGAAGGUUGUUUUCACUGAGAGGAUCAUUUCUACUUUGUAUCACAACUGAACUUUCAGAACUUUGUUGGAUUUUUUGUCUUUGUUGUGAAAUAGUCUGAAACUCCAUGCAGAUAGGUGGGAAUACCACUUUUCCAUGUUCUGUGUGAAGAGCACAAAUGAAAAAGGUUUUUACUGAGAGAAGUGUUAAGCUUAUGAAGGCAAUAUUACAUACCAGACAUCUUCAAGUGAUGCUGAUGGCUAGAAGCAGAAGUUUCAGUCAAGGUCUAGAAACAUUCCAUACCAGUAGAACGACAUAAAGUGCAGUCUGGUGAGAAGUUGCUGUUCUGUGUCUUUUUUUUAAGAAGCUCUUACUGAGAUAAUAGUCCCAGCUGUUUUUUAACUGGAAAAAACAAAAAGACAAACAUUUUAAUGCUCAACUGAUGUAGGAAAACAGUGAACUCUUUUAUUUUGGUGUUUUGCAUCAGCUUACUUUAUAAAUGGCUGGUUAGAAGACAAGCUAUUCAGCAAUUUCCAUUGCACACCAAUUGCUUCUUAAAUAGCUAAUUGUAGUUUGGCAGUAAACUUGCAGCAUACUGAAUUAAAGACCACUGAAUGGAUUAGAACAUUCCACUUAGGGUUUUGGGGUUAUUUUGGGGGUUUCUUUGGUUUGAUUUUUGUUUUGUUUUAAUUUAUUAAUAAACCAUUGGGUAGCUGAGAGGCUAAAUGAAAUUGAAAUAUGAUUUUGUCAGCCUUUUCAUGUGUGAAAAUGGUCUUUAGAGUAGCUGCUCUACUGUACACUUACUGAGGGAUGUGUGUUAUAACUGUCAGAUACUUAGGUGUGUUUCAUCUGGGAAUUUGCACUGACUCCUCUAAUCUCAAUACAUACAUCUAAUAAACAGUAUACUUGAAGAACUGCCUUGAGUCCCACUAUGGCACUUAGAGCCACUGACUGUUCUUUCUGGCCUGUUCAGGGGAUCUUACAAGCAUUUUCACUCCAUAAUUUAGCUCUAGAUCUGAGUAAUGUCCAGAUCACAAGCAUUCUCUUUGAAAAAGCUCACCUUUUGAGCAAAGACAGUUGUAAGAAGUGAUGAUUUUGAGGCCAAAUGGCUGCUGGGCUGGUUCUGUUGCAGAGCCCUUCAGAGCUGCUUUUAUUCUAGUUAAGUGCUGCUUUAGGACUCAGUGCAUGGGAAGUGAGAGUGAGCAUAGUGAAAGUGCUACUUCUGAGCCUGUGUGUAGACACAUCAGUUGCACCCUACAAUGGUUUUUCUUGAUUUUUUUAUGAAUUAGUCAUUUUGGGAGCAUAGCAGGUGACUUAGGGCAGCCUAAGAUACAGAUUGUUGUUUUGGCAGGGGCUUUUAUCACCUAAUGUUAUUAGGUUGUGAUAAUAAACGGUGUGUGGGAACAAGCUUCUAGCUUCAGCAUCUGACCUUCUCUUGGCUGUAAUGCAGGGUUCUUGAGUAAUGUAUAAAUCACUUGAGUUUCCAGAUGUUUCCAACUAAUUUUGGCUGUGUCUGGGAAACUUAGACCCUUCCUAGACAUGCUGCAACCUAAAUAUUUUAACUCAGAAAUCGUGAGCCAGUGUGUCAUCCCCAAGGUCAGUUGUCCCACCUUUUACCUCUUUGUUCUCCCUGUUUGUAGGUUGUGUUUUUAAAGAACAUUUCACCAAGACAACUUUCAGGUUUUGCUGUGGAGGUAGUUCCAGACUUCACCAAUGCCUGUUUGCUUUCCAAGAUAUUUUCUUUUGUUUGUAGCAAUCAGUGAAGCAUAAUAACAUCAUCCAGAACAGUUGGAAGAGUAACUUUGACCUGUCAGUUGCCAGUUUAUGUGUUCUGAUGGGACUUUAUAACUGUUAAAGAAUUGGAAAAUGUGUCUUCUCAGAAUGUCCUGCUGGCCUUUUUUGUUAGGCAGAUUCUUGGACUGGGUUACAGGUUACCUUCAUAUGCAUCUUUGGGAGUUUGGGUUGAGUUUCCUUCUUUCCCCCCAAAUGGCAUUUGAGUAACUACUUUGGAGACAGAAAAGUUACUGAAAAGGCUUUCCUCUAGACAAGUAUUGAAAAUACUAGAAAUUUUAUUGAAAAAGUGGUUAAACUAUGUAUGAUUAAAAGGAAAUAAGUGUAAACCUUUGUGGUCCAGCAGAAUAAGAUCCAAAACCAACUGGUCAGAAAAAGCUUGGUUUUCUGUUUUUUUUUUUUUUUUUUUUUUAAGUUCUGGCAUUGCCUAAGCAGUGUAGUUGACUUUUCUUACCUCUCCUUCACAAGAACCAUUCAUUACAAGUAUCACAGCUCAGAGGACAAAACUGUGCUGCAUUCUUCCAUUUUCUUCCAUCCCAAGUCUCCUGUGGAUAGAAAGGGACAUGAGAACAUUGCUCAUUAACCAGCCCCAUUAAUGAGGCUGCCAGUCACAACGUGAAAUCAAAAGAUCAUCCCUCUUGCUCAUGUGAAACUGGUCUUGAUUGAAAACACAGAUUUAUAGCUGGAGUUGAGGUUAGCAGCUAUGAAGUAGACUGUAUUUUAGUCUUUCAUGUCUCCCCUUCUUGCACUGUUUCCUCUGCAUUGAGUCUGGCAGGGACUGGAAGGGUUUUUAAUUGCUUGAGCUGGCACCAUCAAAAAGUUCCACAGAUAGAGUGGGUUCUUCACCACUGAUUGACCAAAGCAUCAGUGCCUCAUCUGAAGAGCAAGCAGGGAAAUGAUCCUGAACAGUAACGUUCCUAUUGAACGUGGAAAGUUAACUUCCUUAUUUGAGAGUGGGAUAAAUAUGGUCAUAAUUACUGUCUGGAACUUUACUGGAAACUCAAACAUGGCAAAAUUUUGUAGCUUCCUGUUUCUCUAAAUGACAAAAUUAUUACUUCUUUGUUCACAACAUCAGCAUCUGUGUGUUUUGAUUGUUCUUGUGUCAAUCUUGGCUGUGUUGCAGUCAGUGGUGUAACUCAACAGAACUUUACCAUGAUCUUUCAGAAAACCUUAUAACCCUUAUUUAAUAUCAGAUGAAAAAAUUCUAUUGUGUUUCUGUUAGUCCAGUUUGGUUUUCCAGAGGGAAGAGGUGGGGAAGGUCCUUCAGACUUCCAGUGUUGCAGAUACUGCUCACUUUUACCUUCAAAUGUUUUUCAUCCUGCUGUGUUUUCCAAGAGGAAAGGUUCCAUGAGUUUAAGAACCCCUGUAGCUACCUGCCUGGGAUCUGAUGUUGCAUUCAAAUCAUCUAACAUUAAAAGAAGAGCUCGAUGCUGUAGUGAAGAAACUUUGUGUCUCUUCUUCCACAUGAAAGGCAGCCCCUGACCAUUGCACACUUAAAAAGCAGCAUCUUGGAUUUCUGCCUCUAUUCCUACAAGGUUUCAGAAACUAAAUGUUACUGAACUUUUGGUGUGGUGUGUGAUUCUCUGAUGAGAAACUUAAUAUUCUAAAUGAUUUAUCUAAGGGAUGAGGUGCUAUUCUAUUAACUUUUUUUUUUCUUUUUUUUUUUUUUUUUCCUGUGGCUGUGUAGCCUUAAUGGAGGGAAGGGAAUUGUUUUCCAAAAUGCAAAUCCUAAAGCAACUUGCAGUGCUUCAGAGAACUGUGUUAGGAAAACUUUGGCCUAACUUGACAUUUUGUUCUGAAUUAAAUUGAUGUGUGUUCACCCUUGCUGCAGUUAACCCAUUAGCUGUAAAACUAGGUUCUGUUCCCCACACACUUUAAUGUUCAUAAAAUAAUAUGAUGGGUGUAACUAGCUCAAUUCCAGCUAUGAUGGCCAGUUUCUCCUUUCUAUAAUAAUGUGCUCAAAUAUUGGAUCAAGAGUACACCUGAAAUCUUGGUAUUAAGGUAAAUUUUAGUAAUUAUCCAUUAGACUUUUAUUAAAUGAAAAUGUAUUUCUUUUUCUUGAAGCUAUUGAAUUUUAGAAUAAAUUUUAGUAAUGUGUCUACCAUAUAAAAUAAGUCUUCAGAAUUACCUUUUAGUUAAUUGUCAGGUUUAAAAUUUCUGAUGGCCUUAAACAUACCUGUAUAUAUGUCUUUGCAGUUCUUUAACUCAACAUUUAAAACAAAUUGGUCCAUGGCUUAUGUAAACACUUGAAAAAUAAAUCUAUUUAAAUGGUU